AAAAAAGAAAACUGGUCUGUCUCAAAACGCUAACUCCCUCCCAUCGAAUCAUUUUGUGUCUGGUUCUUCACUGUGCAGCGUUCAACGCGCAUCAUUGGGAAAAGCACCCCAAAUGUCACCACUCAAGUCAUCGAUGAUCUUUUCGUUAGUAGCACUUGCGAUUGCUUUAUGUUUUUCGCGAGAUUUUGUGACAGCCGAAGCCAAGCAACGUUCCAAAUCAGUCAAAGAAGCCUGUGCUCAAGAAAAACCGGUCAUAUGGAAUAAUGGACUACGAUAUGUGGACCAGUUUCCGGCGAGUGUGCGAGACAAUUUGCUCAGGUGUCAUUCCAAUACAGCUGCGGCAGCGAAACAGCACGACACAGUGAUGGACGCCUACCGGCUGGAAGCGCUCAAAGCUAUCCUCCCGAAAGGCACGCCUCCAGACAAGCUUGGCCCGACCGUGUGCGAGAUCACCAUGCUGCCGCUGGACGGCACGAACGAGGUCGUCAAGAGAAAGGCAAUCGUGACCACAUGCAUGGAGAAAGAACUCGAAACAAAGGGCCUUGACACACCUGGCCUGGACAUCAAGGCCAUCCAAGCGAAGUGCCUCAAGUGCGCUUUCCCGAAGCUGUCCGAAGCCGACGCGGUGGCACGCUACAAGGACGUGGUAAAGAACUUCGAGAACUACGAAGAAAACGCGGUGCGCGUCAAUUCAGAGCUCAAGGCUGCCAUGCGCUUCAUGCUAGACGAAGGUCCGACUAAAGAGAUGAACGAUGCCGCCCGCACCGCCUGUCUAAAAACCAUGGCUCCAGGUGUCACUUCCGACAAGUACAUGUCGCACGUCGUCAGCUUGUUCAAGAAGGGAGACCUCGAGACCAAAAAAAAGAUUGAUGCCUGCACGUAUAAGAACUCGCUCAAGGGAAAGUGGGUGCGUGCCAGGCAGACGAUGAUUCGUGAGUGCGCGCUGGAAGCGCAGAAGAAGCUGCCUGCAAACCUGAGAGGCGACCUGCAGUUUCUGUACGCCUUGCAUCUCAACGCAACUGCCCUGGAAAUUUACCUCUCUUGUGCGGAACGCGAAGAAGACACUAUAGUGGAUGGGCCCACGGGUGCCGGCGGUGCCGUGGACGUGUACUGCACCACCAACGGCAAGGCUCCUCGCAAGUGCCCCCAGUGUGCCUCCGAGGAGUACACCACCGUAGACGCAGCCAAGGUGGAGGCGAUGGUGGAUGCCUGUUACAGCAAGAAAGAAGCUGCACACCCGCUGUACAAGCAAUACACUGCCUAUUUGGGACAGGUGAAGGCCAAGAACAUCGCCAAGGGAAAAUGCCUGCAGGACGGGGGAGCAGCGGCGCAACCAGCGAGUCAGGGUGGCAAGAGGGGAGCGCCGGCUAAGGGCUGAACUGGUACUGGCUCGAGGAAAUAAAAAUGGAUUUCAAUAUAUACCACUGAUUAUUGAGUCUCUGCUUGUUAUAAUGAACCUCGUGAGGACAAUGCAGCUCGGCCUGCACACAUUCCACAGUACCUUUUGGCACACAAAACAGGUGCAACGAGCACCUCCUUUUGCACCGGCUCAAUGCCGCAAUCGCGGCGUUGAGGUACAUACAUGAAAGUUAUUGUGGAAUGGCCGCUGUGGUUUCAUUACUUUAUUCAGAGAAAGCCUUCCGCCGGUAUGUCGAACAAAACUUUAUGCAACACUAAUUCAGAUUCUGGCAGAUUAUCGGCGAAAAUGAAUCCAAACACAUAACGUCAUCACUGUAGCGCUUGGUAAAUACGAGACAAAGCACGAAGACGUUCACUGUUUUAGCAGCUCCAAUGAACGCGCACUUUCUCUACUGAAAACAAACUUCCGCCGUAAGUGAAUAAAUGAAUUCAUUGUUUGCGCCAACUGUCCCACUUUCUUGUCUAUUUCAUUUGGGUGUGUUCACUCGUGUGUCUUCCAAUUAGGUGUAGAUAUAUCUCGCUCCUCCCAAAAAAUAUUUACAUAGCGUAAGGUACGUGUGUAGGAGAGGUAAUAUAUAGCAGUCAAAAGCGUCUAUGUUGGCCGUCAAUCAAUUUAUAACUAUAGGUUGUGCAAUAACCGUUCACACUGUGCUGAGGUGAUCGUGAAGGUUAUAAUGGACCACGGCGGGCAAACCUUUGACCCCUAAAUCUAACAAGAAAUGUGAAAUUCACUUCUAUUUUUAUUCUUAAUUGACUUUUGCGACUUACAUGACUUCUGUUUUAGCACGACGAAGUGACACAAAGCGGAUGAGGGUGAUGAUUGUAAACAGACCAAUUUCGCACAUACUUGG